UGGCACAGUUUUUCGCAUUUUGCUACUGCGAUGCUUCUCCAUACUUUUUGGGGUCCUAUUCUAUGCAAGGGAAAAACAUAACCAUUCGACAAACGGUGUCAGUUACUCGUUAGACGUCGUCGUUCAUAGUAUUAUCAACACCAUCGAAUUACUAUUUCCAACAGCAGCAACAUCAAGUAGUGUUUCUUGUGUGAAUAUACGGAUAGAACUAAAGAAGUUUGACUUUCAACAAAAUUGAGAGUUUUGUUUAAAAAAAAAAAAGUUUGAAAAUUUAAUUGGAUUCGAAUUCGAAUUAACCGUUAUGGAGAAUCAAGAACAAGGAAGUAAAUCCCCAACUCCCAACCAGACUCCGGUGACUGCAUCCAGUCCCAAUGCCCAUGAUAAGACAAAUAAAUACAUCGUUAAUACGGACAAGAGUGGAGAGCUUACCGUUACCGUGCAGGGCGAUUUAACGCAACAGGAAAAGCGUGCUGUUUUCAUUACGGUCCAUGAUUUAGGAUGCAAUCAUAAUUCCUUCCAGGAAUUCGUCAAUAGUCCUUGCAUGACUGAAAUUAAGGAACGUUCUUGCUUCAUACACAUUGAUGUGCCAGGACAUGCUGAUAAUGCGGAUGCUUUAGCCGAUAACUUCCCCUUUCCUUCAUUGCAAAUGCUGGGCGAGGAUCUUGUCACUGUUUUGGACUUUUUGCAUGUCAAAUAUGUGAUGGGCUUAGGCGAGGGAGCUGGAGCUAAUGUAUUGGCCCGUUUCGGUUUGGCACAUCCCACUCGAGUAUUGGGAUUGAUUUUGAUUAAUGCCACCGGCAGUGCGGCCUCAGUAUUGCAAUCCUUCAAAACGAAGUUUAUUCAAUGGAACAAUGAUGAUAUCGCCCAAUCGGCUGAAAGUUUUCUGAUGUAUCACAAAUUUGGUCAUCAAUUGGUUGGUGAUAAUCCGGACAAAGAGAAAAUCGUUACGGAAUAUCAAAAACGCUUGAGAGGCUCCUUGAACAGCAAAAAUGUGGGUCUUUAUGUCAAAGCAUUUAUGAAUCGCAAGGAUUUAACUUUGAAGGGCUGUAAGGUGGAUGUUAUACUGAUAACUGGCAUGUUGUCUCCCUAUGCCUCAAUGGUGGAAAAGCUACAUCGUGAUAUUGAAAAGGAAAAGGUGACCAUGUUGAAAAUCGAAAGAGCCGGCGAUGUUUUAGCUGAUGCGCCGGCUAAGGUGGCCCAAUCGAUUUUGCUGUUCUGCAAAGGUCAAGGUCUAUUGACAUCUGUGGUCAUGCCGGGCGUUGAUCGUGGUCGUGCCUUUUCCACCAGCUCUGGCUCAUUCGAUGGCAGCAAUGGUUCACGCAAACUAUCCAGAGGGAUUUCCAUGGAGGACUAUGAUAAGCCCAAUAUUCGUCGUUUGAGCAUCAUCAACAACGAAAUAUCUGGCCGUAUAAAUUAUACACCAGAUAUGGAGACACCACCACCAACUAAACCACCAAGAAGAGGCGUUAAAUAUGGAAAAGAUGAGGCUGGUUGCGGUCUUAUUGUCAAUGUCAUCAAAUCUCUAGGUCUAAGUGAAACCAACGAGGAACGACAAAAGGAGAAGCUUAAAAUCGAAAAGGAAUCUAAAAAAUCCGAUCAACGUCUCAAUGAUUUGGUAUCCAAACAUGAUCAACAAUUGUCCCAAGUUAUACCGCUCUUCACAAAGGUGUCCAGCGAGAUCAACAGCAGUAGGGAAAAGAUCCAUACAGUAAAGGAAAAUCUAAGCGCCUGUAAGCGUUUGCUACAAUGUCGCAGGGAAGAGCUGAAGAAAAUGUGGACGGAUGCUGUGCAGCACAAACAUGUGCUGGCCAUGCUAGAGCAAAUCAAUGAUUUGCGCAAAGUGCCUCAAAGUGUUGUCAGUUAUACAUCUAAGCGCCAGUAUUUGCAUGCCAGUAAAGUACUAACUGAUGCCUUGACUCUUAUAAAUGGACCUCUCAAAGAGGUCGAAGGCUUGGCAGACAUACGCAGUGACUUAAUGAGCCGUAGGCAACAUCUAUAUCAACGACUGCAUGAGGAGUUGGUUACGCAAAUCUAUCAUAACUCAGCCCAAGGUGUUUUGUCCGCAUUUCAGCGUUCCAAUUCGAAUCGCCUGAAUCAAGGCUUUUCUAGGAACAUAACAGCUCGCCGUUCUACCGAUCGCAUAGAAGCAAAUGCUCGCAUACGCAAAGCCCUACAAGAAAUGGCACAAGGCGUGGAUUUAACAAAAACCGAAAUUAUUGAGGAUGCAGAUUUACUGGAUCCUGAACUGAGCAUGACCUAUUUUAUUGCCAUAAUUGUGGAAUGUUUUGGCAUGCUGGGCAAAGUACCAGACUCUGUGGAGAAACUAAGGGUGGGCAUACAAAACGAAUUGCUGGAAAUUGUGCGCAAUACAACGCGUCAGCUAAUCGACUCACCCUUGAUAAGUAAUGAGAGCUACCCACUGCUGACACUGCUCGAUGUAAUCUUUAAACAAUUCAAAUCCAUUGCUCGGACUCAUGCCUCCGUACUGAAAAACUAUUUGGCCGUGGUGCAGAAAUAUCAGGUUGUGGGACCCCAGCAUUACAGUUUAACUGACUUCUGGUCACAAGCUCAGUCGGUGUUGCAAUUAUUGCUAACCGAUUACUUAGAUAUACAAAAUGCUUCCGCAGAUGAUGCUUCAAAAUCGUCAUUCUCAGAGCCAACUAAUAACAUAAAUGCAUAUUUCCUUAGGCGCAAAGUUCCAAGGCAAAGAAAACGUUUGUUUUUAUAUAAACAGUGUGCAAAAAAGUCUAUAUUCAAAUUUGACAAGUCAGCAACGAAAAAUUCAUUGAAUAGUUCCGAAGGCCCCAAAGAACAUCGCCGCAAUAUUUCCGAUACCUCGGUGGAUAAUUUAAAUGCCAGCUUAAAUGCCAGUGGUGGCAAAGGAGGUGUUGCCAACUAUAAUCUUCCAUAUGAGAAACAAAAAGAAAAACUUUUAAUAUGCACACCAGAUCAAACGGUUAUAACGAAAGUCUAUUUACCUCUGAUGUCUUAUAUUCAGGAAAUCGAAAGCUUUAUGAAAUGCAAACCAGGACAACCCUGCAGUCUUCAUGACUUUAUUGAUAACUAUAUCAAGGACACCUUCUUAUCCAAAGGCCAUAAUUCUCAUUUGAAAUUGACCAUCGAAACAUUGUCGAAAAAUCAAGAUGUUUGGCGCACCAUUAUAACGCCCGAAGAAAUGACUGCUUUGAAUUUAACACGUCCCAUACUACAAUCGACCGCUCGCGUUGAGCAAUGUUUGGCAGAGACUAAAACCCUAAUACAAGAUUUGCCAUGUUAUUCCGAAGAAUUGUUGAAAACAGUAUGUGCGGUAUUAAAGGAUUACCGAGGCAUAUGUAACGAUGCCUAUUUGGGUAUAGUGCAGCCAGAUGCCGAGGAUAGACGUAUCUACAGUGUGACAUGGUUAAAUGACGAAGAUAUAAGCCGAUUUUUAAAGACCUUACCUAAUUGGACGGAUUUAAAGAACUCCAGUCAACGCCCAAAACAUGGUAAACGCUUACAACAAAACACUUUUGAUGCCUCCGAAGAAGAAAGUCCAUUACAGGUGCAACAGCGCAAUAUAAGAGAAGCCGAAAUGCUGACCAGUAAUUUAGGUGAGGGUGGUAUAUCUCAACAGGAAAUACUGGGUGAUGUUGCUGUACUCAAAGAGUUGGCAAUACUGCAAGAAAGUAUGGAAUGGUUUUCGGGGCGAAUUUCAGAAUUUGCUAAUGAAUUAAGAAGACCUUUGGUAAAUGGUUUAAAUACCGUAACACCCGAUUGUGCGUCCUAUGUUGCCGUUAAAGAUGGCACAAUUAAAGUAUUAACGAAUUUGGCUUUGGAAUUUGAUGAAUUGGCCAACACGUGUUUGCUGGUAUUACACUUGGAGGUGCGCGUGCAAUGUUUCCAUUAUUUACGCUCAAAGCCACAAAGGACCAGAGCUGAUAAUUACAUAGAUUCCAAAGAUGACAUUUUGGAGCCAGAUAGACAAGUUCAAAUUCUAACCAAACGUUUAUCGGAAAUGGAUGAAGCGUUUAGCACCACAUUACAUCCCAGAAAGACCAGAUAUAUAUUUGAAGGUCUGGCUCAUUUGGCCGCUUUAAUUUUGAUACAAGCUUCUAAUUAUAUAGAGAAUAUUGAUCAAAUUACUGUGCAACGCAUAUGUCGCAAUGCUUUGGCACUGCAACAAACCCUAAGUAAUAUAACAGCGUCGCGGGAAGUGGCUCUUGAUCAAGCCAAACAAUUUUAUGAACUAUUAUGCAUGGAACCUGAUGUUAUACUCACAACCCUUGUGGAACAAGGUUUGCAGUUCACAGAAAUGCAAUAUUUGAAUGCAUUGCAAUUGUCGUGUAAAACACGAGGCAUAACAGAUUCAAAUACCCUGGCAAAUUAUCAACAAAAGUUAUCAGAUAUUUUGGGAGCUAAGCCUUCAACUGGUAUCGUCGUAUAAUGCAGGAUAAUAAUAACGGCAUAAACCUAAAAUCAGACACUAACUUCAAACACAUUUCAUUGGCAUAUUCACAUUUAGAAUGUGAAAUAUUAAAAACGCCUCCCCAAAAACACAUACACUUUUAAUUUUUGGUAGUUUCUAAGACUGUUUUCCUGCGAGCUUUUUUGUGUUGAAGUUUUUUGCAAUAGUUCAAUAGAAAAUGCAUGCAUAUGAGUUGGUUGGUGGUUUUAACUCAUAUUAGAAACGAGUAUCAGCGUUCAAUUCAAUAGGUGAUGUUCAAAUAAUUUGCUUAACUAUACAUACAAUAUACAUAUAACUAUAUAUUGUUCAUUAUUAUUAACUAUAUAUUAUAGAAAUAAAAUGGAAAAUGCUGUAUAUCAUUGUAACAAUAAAAUAAUACUUGUAAUGAAUUGGCAAUAGAUAAAACUGAAUAGAAAUCGAGGCAUGACAGCAUCAAUUAAAGAAAGUGUCUGUUUUGUUUAUUUACAA